CUGAUGUCCAUUCUCUCAGUGGAGUGGGAAAAUGUCUUUGUGACUUGGAAUCCUCAGGAUUUCUGUAACAUUUCCAAGCUCAAACUGCCAGUGGAUACAUUUUGGUCUCCGUAUAUCAUCAUUUAUGAACAUGUGGAUGAAGAGAAAUUCCUCAACAGGCCCUAUCUGUCCAUCACUCACAACGGCAUCAUUACCAUAAUCCAAGAGCACCGUGUCACCAUAGCAUGCAACUUGAAGAUGCACAAGUUUCCAUUUGACACCCAGACGUGCAACAUAACCCUCUUCUCAGACAUAGUACAAGCAACAGACAUUAUAUUCCUGCCCAAUCAGACAACAGAAGAGGUGAAUAAAAACAGCAAAUUUUAUCAGUUGACCGAUGGAGAAUGGAAGUUCACAAACAUAAACAUUAUACCAGACGUACUACAGAACAAUGAGGAAGCCUCUAAUUUGAUCACCUAUGAGAUCUCCAUGAAGAGACGACCCAUUUUAUACGUUUUGAACCUUAUCUUCCCAUCAUGUGCUCUCUACUUAUUGGAUAUGACGAUUUUGUUCAGCAGCAGCUCUUAUGAGGACAAGAUCAGCUUCCAGCUGUCACUCAUCAUUGGAGAGUCUGUGUUAGCUCUGAUUCUUAAGGACAUUAUUCCCACUUCUUCCGAUGACCCACCCAUAAUAGUGAUGUUUUUCAUAGGUAUCUUUGUCCUAAUGAUUAUGGGUGUAUUGGAGACCUGCCUGUUAAUGCAGCUGAAGAAGAAAACCCUACACCCUUUACUCAAGGCUAUCAAACUGCUGAGAUGCCGCAAGCAAGCUAGAACAGCAUCCGGAAACCUCCUAAGCAAGCAUGAAGAUUCGCUGACUGAGGUGGUCAGGGGACAAGAGGAGAGGAGGGAUUCAAGCCGACUUGGAAAGGGAAAUACAGAACUACCCAUGCUUAAGGAAAGAAUCAAUGCAGAAGGGCAGCAAAUUGGGACCCAGGCAGAGCUACAGGAGUGCGAGUUGGCUCUGCUUAUUCUGGAUAAGGUGCUGCCCCAGAACAGCUCUGUAUGUACGAUGACGUUAUUCAGUAUCUGAACAUCUCCUCUGAAAAGCCACCCCCACUACGUACAAUACCCAAG